AUGUCCUACACGCACCGACUCACCAACAUGUACCCUUCGACCUCGUCUACUUCCCACAGCAGUGCCACCGCCAGCGGCAGUGCAGGCAACAACUCCUCGACGCUGCGUCAAUCUUCACAGUCUCAGUCCCUUCUGCAGACUCGAAUCGCAUCGAAACGCACCGAACUCGAGAAUCUCCGGGCUCUGCGCGACCUGAGCGCCAAUUUGGCCACGCAGCUCGCCACGCUAGAAGAGAAACUCGGCACGCUGAAAGACGGCGCACAGAGUGUCGCACUGGUGUUGGCGAAUUGGGAAAAUGUGCUGCGCGCGAUCAAUAUGGCUGCGAUGAAAGUACCCAAACCUCCAGAGGAGGGCGAGGGCGACGACGCAGACAUCGCCGGCGCAAACCCAGGGCGGAGGGUCAACAGCCAAUCGACGCCAGAGCUCCCAGUCCCCCUGGUUCGGAUACCGAUACAGCCAAAGACAGAGGAGAUAGGUUAA